UAUAUAUGGAAGUUAAGAAGACAAGACAGAGAAAGAGAACCUCUAUUCUAAGGUCUAUUAUCAGCCAGCCUUUCAACUCAGAUGGAGAAUUCGUUGGCUUGCACGAAAAGAUUUUAAACGCAAAUAAGAAUGAAGCUUUUAGAAUGAUCAGGAAGAACAAGCUGGUUUCUAAAAAGAAAGAAUAUGUGGAUAAGCUAGAAAAGUGCAAAUAAAGAGCAUUGAAUUGAGGAAGAGUUAGACAUAGACAAAGAUGCUACUCUUAUGAUUAACAACUUUACAUUGUUAACUCAGGUGGAGUCGAAUAGCCUUGAUAUUAUCUAUAUUAGAUUUAUGAUUGGGGAUGAAAGCAAGCAGUUGAUAUUCCCUCCUUUCGCAGACACUUCGUAUAUCCCUAUUAGUAAUAUAACGAAGGAUCUGUAUUUGGUGUUCCUGAGAAAAUAAGGGAGAGGAGCCUUCCUAUCUUGAUAAUAUGAUAGGGAAUAUUGAAUUACCUCUUGAAGAGUUUUUAGAUCAGAGGAAGCAUAGAAUCAAAUAGGUCAGUUCAGCUAACCUCAGAUGCUUCGCAAGUGCUGACUCAUCUGGAUAUGUGAUUUGAUGUCAGGCUUUGAUAUUCGAGAGUUACAUUUCUGAAGAACUUAAUCCAAGACAUUGAUGAGCUUAUUAACAGAGAGACACUAUUUGAAAAUUAUGACCAAGAAGAAGACAAAGAUCAAGAAAGUCUUCAACAUUUCAUUGCUGAAAAACAGAAAGCUUUUCAGGGAUUUUUAGCCAGAAAGAGUCUGAGGGAUGCCCAAAGUAAAGAACUAUAUAAACAGUUUAAUCUUAAGAUGGGGGAAGAGUCAGAAGAAAGCAGUAGUUCUGAUUCAAAUGAUUCUAAUACUGAUUCUGAUUAAUUGUGAUCAUACUUUUAAAGUUUCA